UCCACGUGUAGGACAACACACUGCAAACCCAAACCCAAGAAGAACCCACAGCAGAAUACACCCAACGGCUAAACUCACACUCAGCGUGAAACACGCCGCAAAAACGCCGCCGAACACACACAGCUGAAACUCACCGAAAAAUCGCUCAGAAAAACCGCCGCCUGAACAGCCGGAAGAACGCCCCUCGAAACUCUCACUCUACCGGAGAUCUCCCCCAAUGUCAAACCGCCCCAACUCUAACGGAGACCAACGUAGGAACUCACGGCAAAACGCCAACGUCUUCCUCUACGUCGGCUACCUCUCUGUUCUCUUUGGAUGGUGUUUUUCCAGCUGCUCUCUUUCUCUAUUCUGUUUUGAGACUGUCGCCUAACCCCUCACCUUCUCCUUUCAUUUAUUUUUUCUCAAUUAAAAGACCCUAAAGAAGAAAAUAAACUUUGAUUACAAAAAUAUAAUUCAAAGUAAAUAUACAGCUCUACCCUCGAUAACGAACCAAUUUUAAAAUCUCUUAAAUAAUUUAUCAUUUUAUAAUGUUGAUCCUUAAUGGGUGAUAGACUGAUAAAUAAAUCUCAUCCCCCUCCCAACAGAAGUCUAAAGAGAGAUGGAGGUUAGUAAAAUACUUCAUAUGAAUUCAGGAGUUGGAGACAAAAGCUAUGCCAAAAACUCCUUACUUCAGCGAAAGGCAAUGUCGAAAGCCUGGCCAAUCAUAAAGGAAGCCAUUGAAGAUUAUUUGUGCACCGAAAAUACUCCAAUUACCACUUUAAGCAUUGCAGAUUUGGGAUGUUCUUCCGGACCAAACACCCUUUCAAUUCUCUCCGAUUUAAUCACACAAUUUCAUAAAAUAAUUCAACUUCACCAUAACAAACCAAUCCAAUACCAAAUCUUCUUCAACGAUCUUCCUUCAAAUGAUUUCAAUUUCCUUUUUAGAUCAUUGUCAAAAUUCUUGGAAGACCUGAAGAACCAAAUUGGAACUGAUUUUGGAACUUGUUUUUUCAAUGGAGUCCCUGGUUCUUUUUAUGGCAGACUCUUCCCCAACAAAAGUUUACAUUUUGUUCAUUCUUCAUACACUCUUCACUGGCUCUCUAAGGUAUCUGAAGGGAUGGAGAUGGUAAACAAAGGAAACAUAUUCAUAAACAGGACAAGUCCAAAGAAUGUGAUUGAAGGGUAUUAUAAGCAAUUUCAAAAGGAUUUCUCACUGUUUUUGAAAUGUCGUGGAGAAGAAAUAGUAAGUGGUGGGCGAAUGGUUGUUACUAUAUUAGGAAGAACAGAUGAAUCUCCACCAAACGAUGAUUUUUGUUACACUUUGACCCUUUUGAAUCUAGCUAUCAAUAACAUGGUUAAGGAGGGGAUGAUCAGAGAAGAGAAAGUUGAUAGAUUCAAUGUCCCAAACUUCAUGCCAAGUUCAGAGGAAGUAAAAACAGAGGUUUUAAAAGAAGGAAGCUUCAUUGUCAACCGUGUCGAAGUCGCACGAAUUGAUUGGAACUCGUAUAAUGAUGAAUUUAAUCAAUCAAAUGUGUUUGUCGAUAGCAGUUAUUGUUAUGCAAAAUGCAUUAGGUCUGUGUUUGAGCCCCUUAUGAUUCCUCACUUUGGAGAAGCCAUUGUUGAAGAAUUAUUUCACAAGUUUGGAAAAAUAGUUAAGGAUGAAAUGUCCAAAAAACAAUGCCAGGAAACAAACAUCACUAUUUCCCUUACUAAGAAAUAAGAUGAACAUUGGAAAUCAUAGAUGACAUUAUAUAUUGUGGGAUUGUCGUUAUACAAGACAAGCUUGUAAGAACUAUUAUCUAUGCUCUAUAUUAUAUUAAUGCAAUUGAAAUACGAGUAUUUAUUGUUA